AUGUCACCAAUCAGAGAUAUUCUUUUCUUUUUUGGCUUGACUUUGUCAUUGAUCGAAUCAUGCUCAAAUGGAGGAUACCCAGUACCAAAUGAUAAUGUUUGCGUAUACUUGAAUGCUGAUCAGCAAUACUACAUCGAUACGAUUCGUCACUGCGCGACUCUGGGAAGCGAUGGGAUUCCGGCAAAGAUCAAGAAUAUUUACGAGAAUGCCUAUAUCUAUGCUUUAUUGCCAACAAUUCUUGGUGCCAAUGAUGGAGCGUACAUUGGGCUUGAAAGGAAAGCGAAUAACUUGUGGUAUUAUGCUGACGGGUCACCGGUCACCUAUAUGAAUUGGGCUACAGGUGAACCAAAAAACUCAUCAAGUCUCUGUGCCAUUAUGGAUCCACAAACAGGGAAAUGGAUAUCAGCUGACUGCUCAGUGGCGAGGCCAUAUGUGUGUUCGCUGAUUGAAGUAAACACUAGCACCAGUGUUCAGCCAACCAAGGUCAACCCGACUUCAGGCCCAAUCGGUCCAGGUGGUUGCCCGAAUGGAUGGACUUAUUUCGCGGCAAAUGAUGACUGUUAUUACGUACAGAAUUUCACCUAUACUGAUGGAGUGCACUGGCAGUUGUACGGUGCGGGAACAGCCGAAGGAAAGUGCGAAGCUAUGGGCGCAAAUUUGGUCUCGAUUCACUCGAAAGGCGAGGAUGGAUUUGUUUAUGAUCUGAUCACCUCCAACGUUAGUAGGAUGAAAAAUGUGACGACAGACGACAGUCCGUGUGGUCACCAGUAUGCCUGGAUUGGAUAUCAUGGAAAUGGAAAGGGACAAGGCAAUUGGACUGAUGGAAGUCCAGUCGAUUAUCUGGGAGACAACGCGAAAUUCUUUCGAAAUAUCAAGCAGUAUUGGAUGUUGGCAAAUGAUGAUUCUUGUGGUAUGCAUGCGUGGUAUGGAUCCACCGAUAUUGCCACUCCAGCUCGUUUCGUCUGCAAGAAGCCCUCAUCAAGAAUUCGA